AUGGAAGAACAACAACGAUACAGCACGGUAAACACCGUGCCUGGCUAUGUCAACUAUAGGCAUCGUCCUGCUGUUCGAUCAAGGCAUGGAAAGUGGAUAUCCGCUUGGUUUCUAAUCUGGUCAGAGGUAGCGGAGAGUGUUGCUUUUUCUGGAAUCUCAGGAAACUUGAUGAUCUUUUUAACGGAUAAAUUGGGAGAGUCUACGGCAAUGGCAGCUACGAAUAUCAAUGCUUGGAAAGGGGUUGGUUUUAUCCUUCCUAUCGCGGGUGCUAUUGUUGCUGAUACUUGUAUGGGCAAAUACUUAACCAUUGUUGUUUCUUCCGUCAUUUAUAUCAUAGGGCUUGGCUUGAUAACUUUGUCAACGGCGUUACCUACCCUUAUGAAGGGUGACAAUCAUGAAUGGUCUCUGGUGUUGCAGAAAAUAAUGUUCUUUGCUGCCCUGUAUCUGUUUGCUCUUGGCAGAGGCGGGCAGAAUCCUUGUAUACAGGCUUUCGGAGCUGAUCAGUUUGAUGGAAACGAUCCUCAAGAGAGAGAAGCCAAAAGCUCUUUCUUUAACUGGUGGAACUUUGGUGUUUCUAUAGGUGCUUUGCUGGGUCUUGUAAUAUUGAGCUAUGUCGAGGACAAUCUCAGUUGGGGACUAGGAUUCGGAAUCCCUUGCAUCAUCAUGGUCUUUAGCACGGUCUUAUUCUUGCUGGGAACUAUGACUUAUCGGUUUCCUCUGAAAGUUGAAACCAAAAAUCCAUUCAGAAGGAUUGGAAGAGUGUAUGCAAAAGCAGCACGAAAUCGAAAUCUUGAUCAUCCUUUUCCUGAGCAACGACCCACUCGUAGACAGCUGAGAUGCCUCGAUAAAGCCUUAAUUGUACGUGAAGAUGAUGUGGAUAGAGGUUGCAGCGAAGAGGAAGUAGAAGAGGCGAAGGCAGUCCUUAGGCUAUUUCCCAUAUGGGCAAUGAGUUUCGUGUUAGCCAUUGUGUAUGCUCAGAGUGGGACUUUUUUCAUCAAACAAGGCGAUACAAUGGAUAGAAUGAUUGGAUCUAAGUUACAGGUACCAUCAGCAUCCUUACAGGGUCUCAUGAAUAUCACUAUGCUUAUCUCAGUUCCUUUUUAUGACUAUGUGUUCGUGCCAGUAGUCAGAAGACUAACCGGAAAACCCAAUGGAAUAACAAUACUUCAAAGAAUUGGAAUUGGUUUGUCCAUAACCAUUCUUACAAUGGGAGUUAGCGCGAUUGUAGAGAGAAAAAGGCUAGAGAUUGCUUCGCGGCAUGGACUGCUUGAUUCGCCAACAGCAACCGUACCAAUGAGUAUUUGGUGGUUGCUUCCGCAAUAUGUGUUGUUCGGAUUCACAGUUUUAUUUGCCUUGGUUGGCCUUCAAGAAUUUUUCUAUGACCAAGUACCUAAUGAAUUGCAUAGCGUUGGACUGGCUAUCACUUCAAGUAUACAGGGCUUAGGAUACUUUUUGUGUAGCCUCAUUGUAUCAUUCGUCACCAAAGCAACCAAAAUAGGUGGGAGAAAGGGUUGGAUCUCUGAUAAUCUGAAUCGCUCACACCUUGAUUACUACUAUUGGUUGCUAGCUGGUAUAAGUGCCGUAGAUUUGGCUCUUUUCGUUUAUUUUGCUAAAUCAUACAAAUACUACAAGCAAAGACAUAGCUUCGAAUGAGACGAUAUCACAAUAAUUUUAACUCCUUUGAGGAAUACG